AUGCCGUACAAAAGUCUGCGGCCUGAAGAGCGUGGCAACGCAUUGUCCACAUCUUUCUCAUCUGCAGCGCUUGAAUUCUAUAGUGAAAAGCAGUCUGACGUGUAUACAACAUCUGCGAAUGCGAGGCUUCAAGAGGAUUUAACGCGACAUGCACUAGAACUUCUGUUUCUAGAUCUAACAUGUACCAGGGCCAAAGCUGAUGUCUUGUUGUUAUUAGAUGUGGGAGCUGGAUCCGGAUUAAGCACGAAGGCUGCUCAGAAAUGGUCUCAAGAGAAAAAAAUAUCUGUAUUUACGCUGGCGUUUGACAUCAGUGCAUCAAUGUUGUCUUUGGCAGCGAAGGAGACUCGAUUGUGUACCGAGUUUUACCGUGGCAAUGCUGCACAGAGUUUCCCUAUUCGUUGUGGUAUACUCGAUGGUGCUAUUGGUAUCUCUAUGCUUCAGUGGUUGCAGCCAAGAGGAUUAGAAGUGUGUUUCUCUUCACUAUUUAAACUUCUUUCGGAUGUCCAUGACUCUCGUGUCGUGUUUCAGGUCUAUCCGUCGAGUAAAGCAGAUGUAGACAAGAUGGAAAUGAUUGCUAUACAAAUGGGAUUUUAUCGUGCUGAAGCGUUUAUAUCAUUUCCCCACAUGACAUCAGCAAAAAAAAAAGCAUGA